UGACUUGUAGCCUUACCAGACCCCGUCACACGGCACACAAUUUUUUUUUUUUAGGAUCACUCUGAAGGUGAAGAAUUUCUCAAAUCAAGUAAAGGGUAAGAACCACACGGAUCAACCCUAGGACCUCCCCAGACAUCUUUUGCAUGAAGGUGGAGUCAUUAGAAAGAGGAGAGGAAGCGAGAUGGGGAAAAAAAACAAAAGGAGCUGGACAACUGAAGAGAACAGAUGGAUUGUCUGUCAUACAUCUGGAUAUUUAGGUCCUGAAUCCUUUGCUUCGCAUUGUAAUAUCUGAACAAAGGUCCAGAGGGAACAUCAAGUUUAGUCUUUUUCAAAAGUGAGGAGAACUAUUUUCCUCUUUUUUAAGUUUUGGUAAACUUUUUUUAUAUGGAUUGGAAUUUUUUUCUUUCAUCUUUUUCAACCUUGAAUUGCCUGGAAGUAUGUGGAUUUCUCUAAUGCAACUAAGACUAUUGAUUGGAACAUCAUAAAAAAAAUCCAGAGAGAACUGGCAAACACAAGGAAAACUCUGGGUUGUAAGAGAAAUCUUUGACUUUGCUUUAUCAUAUAAAAAGUUUCUAAUAAUCAGUCUUUCAUUUUCAAUUUGGAAACAUCAUCCUCAAAGAAAGGCUCAAUGUGUUUUUUCAGAUUUGCAUUAUUAAAUUAAUAUUUCAUCCAGAUAUAAUAAAACUUCAUGCAGGUGGUGAAAAGUUCUGACACUGCGGAAGGUUCACCUCAGCCAGUGUGGAUUGUGGAGGGCUCUCUCCCUGCCCUCGUAGUUUAUCCUUGCCCCCAGCAGCAUGUCCCAGGCUCUGAGGCUGCCUCUAGUCCUCCUCACAGCACACUACCAUGAUCAGAUGGGCUGCUGGAGGGAGUAAGGCUGCUUUUGCCUCGUUCUGCUCCUGGGCUGGCUUGGUGGCUUGCUCUGUCUUCAGAACCAGCUUCCGACGAAGGUCAUCCGGACUGCUUUCUUCCCUGGCUUUCUCAGUGCUGGUUGCUCUGCUGGUAUUCUCCCUGUUCUUACCUGAGGCCUCUUGUCGUCAGCUCCACAGAGACAGACCAAGGUCAAAAGUUUCGGAAAAAUCUGGGGUACCACUGAACAUUUCAGAGAGUGAACUAAUCUCUAGACCAAGAGCAAACAGUGGCCCACUGCGUCGGGCUGGAGGACCGCAGGGGAGGCAUGUGCGCAGCUACAGUCACUUACAAGGAGACAUUCGUAGGAGAAAGUUGUUCUCUUUCCAGAAGUUUUUCCUAAGGAUCGACAGGAAUGGACAAGUCAAUGGCACCAAGAGCAAAGAUGACCCAUUCAGUAUUUUUGAAAUCACAUCAGUGGAAGUGGGAGUGGUGGCCAUUAAAGGGCUGCACAGCAACUAUUAUCUGGCCAUCAGCAGGGAUGGAAAGCUGUAUGGAGCGAGAGUGUUUAGUGUUGACUGCAAGCUGAAGGAGCGCAUCGAGGAGAACGGCUACAACACGUACGCUUCGGCUAAGUGGAAGAACAAGAAGCGGCAAAUGUUCGUGGGGCUGAAUGUUCAAGGGAAGCCGCUGAAGGGGAUGAAAACCCGCAGGAAGAAAACGGCAACCCACUUCCUCCCAAUUAUGGUGUGAAUCAAGAAGCCCAACUGGAUUGGAAGCAGCUAUCUAGAGCACUGGACACAGGAGGUUUUCAAUACCUGGCAGCCAUGACAUUAAGACAUGCAUUGAAAAAUCUCACAUUUGGGAAAGAAAAAGGCACUAACACUGUUACAUGAAAUGAACUCUGAAUUGGUUGAGCUUAUUUCCUUUUGAUGAAAGGUGCUGAGUUUUGCGCGGCACCAAAAGCAGAGGUAAUCUAUAUUUUUUUACUGUGCCAAACAGUUUGAAGCUGGAGUACAGGUAUAAUGUGGACAAUACAGAAGAUGCUACCCAAGCUAGAUGUAUCUAAAUGUGUUAUCUAUCAUCUAAAUUUUCAAAAGAAGCAGAGACAUUUGACUGGCAGAAAAUGGGAAAGGUUUAGGUAAUAUCGUGACUAUCCUGAUUAUCCUGACAGCAUGACAUAUUAUGAAAGCACAUAUAAAGUAAUUGUUUGUUAGUUAACCACUGCGUUUUGGCUGAAUUUUGAUGACUUAUUUAUUUUUGUGAGGUAUUUAACUGAAAAAAAACACCAGCAAUCUUCUGCAUUCUACUUUUUUUUAGGAUCUCUAUCAUUAAAUAAAACUACCAUUCUCCUUC